AAAGUCAUUAUAGUUUAAGGGAUAUAAGCAUAUAGUCUAAAAGGUUAAACACCCAAAUUCGGCCUUCCGAAGGAGUUAAACCCCUAAAAACACUUUCUUCUUCCAGCUCUCUUCUCCCUUAAACAGCAAGCUUAACCCUAGCAACAAUGGCAUCCAUGCUGCAACCCCAAAUCAUUCUUUUGAAAGAAGGGACGGACACAUCACAGGGGAAGGCGCAGCUCGUCAGCAACAUAAACGCUUGCACCGCAGUGGCUGAUGUGGUUAGAACGACCCUGGGUCCCAGGGGCAUGGACAAGCUCAUCCACGAUGACAAAGGAAAUGUCACCAUUUCCAACGAUGGCGCCACCAUCAUGAAGCUCCUCGAUAUUGUCCAUCCUGCCGCCAAGAUCCUUGUUGAUAUCGCCAAGUCUCAGGACUCAGAGGUUGGUGAUGGUACUACAACUGUUGUACUGCUAGCAGGAGAAUUUUUAAAAGAGGCCAAGCCUUUUGUAGAGGAUGGAGUCCACCCUCAAAAUCUUAUUCGCAGUUAUCGAACUGCUUGCAAUUUGGCAAUUGAGAAGAUCAAAGAACUAGCUGUUAGUAUAGAGGGGAAAAGUCUAGAAGAGAAGAAAAGCUUAUUAGCUAAAUGUGCUGCUACAACACUUUCUUCAAAACUCAUUGGUGGAGAAAAGGAGUUCUUUGCAUCAAUGGUUGUGGAUGCUGUUAUUGCUAUUGGCAGUGAAGAUAGGUUGAAUAUGAUUGGGAUUAAGAAGGUUCCUGGUGGUAACAUGAGGGAUUCCUUUUUGGUUAAUGGUGUUGCCUUUAAAAAGACAUUUUCAUAUGCUGGUUUUGAGCAGCAGCCAAAGAAGUUUAUGAAUCCCAGAAUACUUCUGUUAAACAUCGAGUUGGAACUGAAAUCUGAGAAAGAAAAUGCUGAGAUAAGACUUUCAGAUCCAUCACAAUAUCAAUCAAUAGUUGAUGCAGAAUGGAAUAUCAUUUAUGACAAGUUGGAUAAAUGUGUGAAGAGUGGUGCAAAAGUUGUUCUUUCACGGUUGGCUAUUGGUGAUUUGGCGACACAGUAUUUUGCAGAUAGAGAUAUUUUCUGUGCUGGUCGUGUAGCUGAGGAAGAUCUUAAUCGGGUUGCUGCUGCAACUGGUGGAACCAUACAAACAUCUGUUAACAAUAUAAUUGAUGAGGUUCUAGGAACAUGUGAGGUUUUUGAGGAAAAGCAGGUUGGAAAUGAAAGAUUUAAUAUAUUCAGCGGUUGCCCAUCAGGACGGACAGCUACUAUAGUUCUACGUGGUGGAGCAGAUCAGUUCAUUGAAGAAGCUGAGAGGAGCUUACAUGAUGCAAUUAUGAUUGUUAGAAGAGCUUUGAAGAACUCUACUGUAGUUGCUGGAGGUGGUGCUAUAGAUAUGGAGAUAAGUCGAUACUUGAGGCAGCAUGCACGCACAAUAGCUGGGAAAUCUCAACUUUUUAUUAACUCUUAUGCAAAAGCACUUGAGGUUAUUCCACGGCAGCUUUGUGACAAUGCUGGAUUUGAUGCAACUGAUGUGUUGAACAAAUUAAGGCACAAGCAUGCACUUCCAUCUGGUGAGGGUGCACCUUACGGGGUGGACAUCAACUCUGGUGGAAUAGCAGAUUCAUUUGCAAACUUUGUGUGGGAGCCAUCUGUUGUAAAGAUCAAUGCAAUCAAUGCUGCAACUGAGGCUGCAUGUCUUAUUCUAAGUGUCGAUGAGACUGUUAAGAAUCCCAAGUCGGAGAGUGCCCAGGGAGAAGCUGCUGCAAGUGCCAUGGGUGGCAGAGGUCGCGGAGGUGGUUUCCCUGGCCGUGGACGAGGAAUGAGGAGGCGUUGAGAUAGCUGUUUCAUUUUUUUGUUAUCAAAUUUUAUUUCCUUGUACGUCGUAGAUGAACUACCAUUUUAAGGGCCAAAAUGUGAAGGUGCCUAUUUAGAUGUGGCAUCCGAAUGACCAAAAUCUGGGAUUGAAUGUUGGAUUUUUUGUGCACUCUGGCUGGUGCUUUCGUUUGCUGUAGAAAAUUACACUUGUUCCUUAAAUUUAUUUUUCAAAGGAAUUUUUGUUUGUGAGUGAAGGAAAAUGAAAAUCUGUUUUUAAUUAA